GUACUUUGACUGAAAUAGGAUCUGCUCUCGGUGAUUUGGGUUUCGACAACUCCAAGGCCGCACCUCAUUAUCGACCUCUUGCGAAACCUCAAAGUUGUAGCCCCGGGAUCUUGCCUGGAUAUAUAUAUCCCUCACUGCCUUCUCUCAAGUAUAGCAGCUCCUUGUAAAAGCUCAACAGCCAAGUCCUCUGCGAAACGCUCACGAGCGAUUCUCAAGCUCAUUUUCCCAGGUCCAUCAAGACCAGGAACUUUCAGAUACCAUGACGCUGAGCCCAUCGGAUGUCGUGUUCGCCGAGGCGACCCCGGAACAGCAGAGACGGGCCUGGGAACUCAACGGCGUGUCGUGGGCGCCGCCGCUGUCCCUCCCCGACUAUCUCGAGCGGGAGAAGCACCUCUCGCAGCAGGAGCUCGCGCGGGACGGCGGGUGCAAGUACUGGGUCCUUCACCUCAAGUCCGACCCGUCCACCAUCGUCGCCAGCUGCGAGACGACGCGCAAGCCCGUCCUGAUCGCGGGCGCCCCGGGCGAGCCCGUCCGGCGCGGCGUCGGCUACGGCAUCGCGAGCGUCUACACGGACCCAGCCUACCGGCGUCAGGGGAUGGCGACCCUCAUGCUGGCCAAGGUGCAGGAGUUCCUCGACCGCGAGGCCGACUGCAGCGCCCUGUACAGCGACAUCGGCAGGCACUACUACGGCAACCUCGGCUGGCCCGCCUUCCCCAGCGACCAGGCCACCCUGCACCUGGAGCCGCCCUCGCCCGCCGAGCCCGGCCCCGACUCGGGCCUCCAGCCCUUCGUCCCCUCCGACCCGCCUGCCACCCGCCCGCUCGCCCGCUCGGACCUGCCGCCGCUCUGCGCCGCCGACGAGGCGCUGCUGGAGUCGCGGCUCGGCGCGCCCCUCCCGGCCGGCGGCGGCGGCGCCGGGAUGGCGCGUGUGGCGUUCGUGCCCAGCUUCGCGCAGAUCUCGUGGCAGCUUGCGCGCGAGGACUUCAUGGCGCGCAAGCUCUUCGGGGUGUCUGUGGAGCGGCGCGGGGCGGUGACGGCGGACGGAAAGGCGUGGGUGGUGUGGGACCACGACUGGCGGGAGAAGAAACUCAAAGUGAUGCGCCUGGUGGCGACGCACGACGGCGGCGGGGAGGCCGGGGAGCGGAUCGCGGCCCUCAAGGCGCUGCUGGAGGCGGCGCUGGCCGAGGCGAGCGCCUGGGGCCUGCAGAAGGUGCUCGUGUGGAACCCCGACGGGGAGGUCACGGUCGCGUGCAAGGCGGUCGGAAAUGCCCACGAGGAUAGCGUGAAGCUUGUGCUGGACGAGAGGCUUGACGGGAGCAUACCGAGCUUUAGGUGGAGGGGGGAGGAUAAGCGGGAUACCAUCUGGGAAGACAAUUACUACUAUUGUUGGUGUUGAUGUAUUUGGACGAGAACUACCUAUUUAACUCCGGGCACCACGCUGUUCCACUGAUACCUG